AGCUGUAGAGAGGAGACACACACUCUCCCAGCUCUGCAGAGAGAGGAGGACGUGAAGCAGGUAUAGAAGGAACAACUCCUUUUGAAAGACACCUGUCUCCAGGACUCACAUCCAAAGCAAAAAGGAUAUAGGAUAUACAUGCACAGUGGGCACAUAAAGUGUUCACUUGCUCUCAGGCAACUCCUGACCUGCAACCUGCAGCUCACGAGCUCCCAUAUGGUCUAAGCACAAGGACACAGAGAAAAGACCCUUGGGGCUAUCCACAGAGAAAGCCAGAAUGGUGCGUAUCAUGCUGAACUCUGAAGGACAUAUGGAUACAAGAAUCACCAGUUUGGCAAUGUGAUACUACAGUCUUUUCUUCAGCACCUCCAUACCAAUUUGUACAAGGGGGGCUUAAUCCUUCCUCCUCCCUACCAGCAACAUCUCAUUUGCACCCAAAGAGCAUUCUUUCCCAGAAAAAAAGAGAGAGAAAAAAACAGAAAAGAACAAGGAGCCUUGCUCUGAAAGAGCUCCUUUGCACACACAUACACCCCCAUGUGCACGGUGCCUAACUAUUCUGUCUGCUUUUUUAUCUGCACUUAAAAAAAGAAAGAAAGAAAAAAAGACUCGGUAGACUGUCUGCAAAGGCUGAGGUCAGAGGAAUUGAGACAAAACCUUAAUUUUCAUACAGAGAAAGAACAAUAUAAGAAGCCUUCCUACAUAACAUAUUGAUUUACAAUAAAAAAGAGGGCAAAUAGGGAGACUAUAAUUGCAGAGAAUGAAGCCUAAUCGUACUGCAGUUCAGGCUCUCAGUUGGGAUUUUGGAACUGGCUAAAUUAAAAGGGCACACUUUAAAGUGUUCACCCUUAUAUUUCUUUAAAGGAUUUCAAACAUUUUAACAACUACUCACAAAUAGUGUAUCAUUAAACUGGCAGACUGUAUAUUUUUGGAUGCGCUAACACUGUAUUUCUGUCACUCUCUGUCUGCUGGUUUUUCAAGGGAAAAGGAUUAAUUUUGAUUAUUUUUAUUCCUUGGCUGCAGUCUCAUGCCCAAGUGUAUCAGAAAGUCUAGACAAGUUGUCCCGGAUGUCACCAUGGGGAUGGAGACUAGUCCUCUGUGAAUUUUUAUGUCCUGAGAGCCAACUACGACAUAAGAAGCAAAUAGGGGAGAAGAAAAAUUGGAGAAAGGGGUAAAUAUCUUUGCCUGCCUUGUGUGGCUCUCCCUGCUCGAGGACACAGCUACCUCUCUGUGAGAAACGUCCCGGCUCCACAGGGCUAGAGAUCACAUACAGUCUAUCCAUCUGUGUGUGUGUGUCACACACACCACUGAUCUAUUUAAAGCAUCUUCUCUGGACUUUGUGUCUAUUUCUGAGCUCUGCAAAACAGACCAGCAAGUGAAUAUAAGCAUUUUGUUUUGAGAAAAAGGCAUUUACCAGAACUCAUGUGUUCCUCUGGCUCCUGUGUGUUCUGAAAUUCUCUCUGUGGAUUAUUACAGUCCAUUGCUCUUUUCUGAUUACCUGAAUUUCUUUAAAUAUUGGUUGAGAGGGUGGGAGGGGGUGGGAGAAUCCUGUUCUACAUUGAAGGGGGGUUUACAUCAUGAAGAGGAUAAAUUUGCCACAGGCAGUUCUGCUUUGCUCCUGUUUGCUUUUGGUCCAACAUAAUGGGUCCUGCCAGCCUUAUCUCAGACUUAGGCCCUCUCCAAGUGAAAACCUACCUGUGAAGGAAAUUAUUGAGCACCCUGACCCAGAGCAGGACCCAAAGGAGCAUGACAUGGAUGAAAAAACAUUAAGGAAAAAGCUUGGUAGCAACUUUGACCCCAACUUCAUGGCAGUUGUUUUGCCCAGCUUUGUUAACACAUCCAACCAAGACUUGCUGACAAAGUCUAAAAGCCUUGGCUCACUUCCCAUGGACCUGAAAAAGAUGGACCUCAGUGAAGCACCUUAUGGUGGCAGGAUCAGAAUGGGGAAGAAAGCCCGCAGGAAGUUCUUGCAGUGGUUGUGGGCUUAUACCUAUUGCCCUGUAUUAUACACAUGGAAGGACCUAGGGGUUAGGUUUUGGCCAAGGUUCAUCAAGGAAGGACACUGCUUCUCUGAAAAGUCAUGUUCCUUCCCAGAGGGUAUGUUCUGCAAGCCUGUCAAGUCUGUUACUAAGACUUUCUUGAGGUGGUAUUGUCAAGGAUGGUCAAGGCAAAGGUUCUGCACAUGGAUCCCUGUGCAGUACCCCAUAAUAUCAGAGUGUAAGUGUUCAUGCUAGCUGCUGUCAAAUGGAAAGACUUGAGAUGUAUUGGGCAGCGGUUAACCCCUACUAAACUAAAUGACAAACUGGAGUUCUGUUGCCACUGGCAAUAAGUGGAUGAACAGAUCCAACAGUGGACAUAUCUUUAUCAGUUAAUUGGUUAACAGCAGCAGACUGGAAGAGAAGGAUAGAACUUCGAGCCCUUCCAGUGCUUUGCAGUGAUGUUACAUAUUCAAUUGUAUGGUAAAUCUUUUGGAUAGCAAAUGGUUAGACAUAUCAAAGAGAAAAGAAUCACUGCCAUAAGUAAAAAAAAUAUUUUCUCUUUGCUUAACAGCCAAGUUAUGGAAUAUAGGCGAUGUCCCUGUUUAAGUGUUAUCCCACCAUUCUUGCACUGUUGACAACUAUAAUUAUUGAUUUUAUUAUGUAUAUUAUUUUUAAAGAUUGAUGAAGCAUCCAGUGUGAAGCACCUUCAAUCAGAUGUUUUAUUUUUAUAUGUAAUAUAGCUUUUUAACAUACUUAAAAAAAAUAAAUCACAGAACAGGAAAAUAAAUUUAAAAACCAAGUC